CUAUAAUUUUCCAAACAUAGCAACUAAUGUUUAAAUGUCUUUACAAAUGUAGAUGAAGAUAUCGCUGGCACUUGGUGUCCUCCGUGUUCACUCGUCUUCCCCUACAUCGUCCAGUUUUAAAUCAAUAUAUGCAUAUUACAUGCACUGUUUAAAAUUUAUACGACAGUGCUUUUAUAAGUACUUUAUGAUACUGACAAACUUGUGCUUUGUUCUCAGCUUAGAAAAGCAGACACGAUGACCAGGCAAUAAAAUCUCGCCUUCUUAAUUGCACCACUUUAAACUACACAGUGUCCUAAAAGUUCAAAGUUGCUCCCAAUUUUAAGAAGAGAAAGAUAAAAAUGCCAGUUUUUCCAGGCAUAAAGUCAUUCUUGACAACGGACCGUUCCAGUAUAACCAAACAAGAAACAGCAAGAAUACGACGAAUACGUUUGAAUAAAAGUGAACUUCUGAGAGAGAAUCUUGCAGAUAGACUGAAAUGUCCGUUAUUUUUUUGUAUACCAUGUUUACUGGCCGUUACUUUCGCGUCUGUGGCAAUUCUGAUGUACGUUACACUUCCUUAUAUACAAGGUUUAAGCUACAAAGCGACAGAAUGUCGAGUCGAAAAAGUCGAGAUCUUCGAAAAAGGAAGUUGCAGCAUUUCAACCGAACACUUUAGUCCAUGCUACAGAAUUCUGGUGAAAUACAACACGACAAGUGGGUACAGUCGCUCUGUUUUGAUGGAAAACGAACAAACUUUAUACCAUUGUGAAAAGUGCUCUUAUACGUUUGGAAAAGGGAGCAUGUUUCAAAAAUCUGCCGUAUGCAAAAAUCCCACGAAGUGUCUGACAUCUUUCGAUAACCAUUUUGGAAAGAUUGACCAAAAAUUUUCAUGUUUUUACAAUACAAAGAGCUUGCAAGAUGUUUUCAAAGAGUUCAAGUAAAUUGAACGAGUCUAUUGAAUCCCGCGGACAACAUACACCAACAAAAAGACAACGUCAAACUCACCCAAAUGAUAUCCCAUCAUGCACCACGGAAAGCUCCGACUCACAUUCCUCCCCAGACUCCUCAUCAACGAUAUACCGAGUUCGAAACAAACAGCUUCCUUGCACCAAACAUCACAUGCUGAACACACGUGACAUGGAAGAUGUCAUUAUGGAACAGAAACCCGUAUCGCCAACAUACCAUUCGACACGUCAGCAUGGCGUGCACGACCACUACGUACAGGUGAAUGUGAACAGCUGCUGUAAAAGAUGCACAUACGCAUGUCACACUUUAUAUAGUAACCAUUUUGAGUUGAGUCGUGAUAAGGAGAGAUUCAGACCAGUUCAGGUGAACCAAUUUAACCAUCACGACUACCUUCAAAGAUCACGAAGAGCAUUCAGAUACUUACCAGAGUCGGCAGUUUAGGACAACGUAGGGCUGUUUUUACGGAAAAUCACUGAUCUCCGUCAAAACUUUUUUUUCGCGAAAAAAACUUCUUGUAUUUGUAAAUAACCUUUUCAUUGUCAUGUUGAAAUUGCAGUCUUUGCUCGAUUCCUUUCAAAUUCGUAUACAUGGUAGUUCAUACUUGUGUAUAAUGACGUAGCUAGCCAACAAGUUUGCUCAGGCUAUGUAAAUACUUCGGUGUUCAGUAACUGCAAAAACGUAAUUGAAAAAUUCACAAAGCAUGGACAUAUGACUUGGCACAGAAAAGUUUCUGUGACAAGUUAUUGAACAAAAUUCCUUAUCCAAAAAAGUUAUCAUCGUUGUUUUUAAGCAGGAAUGAUUGCAUUCUUUCAAAUACUUACGUAAUUAGCUUCUGAAAUGUUUACGUAAUCAGCUACUGAAAUGUUUACGUAAUUAGCUACUGAAAUGUUGAUGUAAUUAGCUACUGAAAUGUUUACGUAAUUAGCUACUGAAAUGCUGACGUGAUCAGCGACUGAACAAAGUUCCUCGGCAAAUCAGCAAUUGACUAUGAAAGCAAUACGACGCACUUGAAUUUUCUUCAUAAAGUGUUGCUCCACCUUUGAGAUGAACCAGGUUCGCGAAAUAUGAAACGUACGUCACAAUGCUCAACGCAUCGCACAUCGGAUUACACAUGUCAGGUGCAUCGGGGAUCUGAAGGAUUAAAAUGGUACAUUACUUGAGCCCAAAAGUCGCAGACGUCAUAUCUGCCAUGUAGAUAAUGAUCUUCCCAGGAGAGUCUGCAUAUAGGUGAAUGUAUAUACGGCAACGCCAUGAAAUAAACAAGAAUACCUUAAGAACUCCUACCCUUAGUUCCUCAAUCGAUUGAAAUAUUUGUUGAAGCAGAUAAAUAUCUUUCAGCGAAUGCAUUUGCUUAACAUUGAUCACACAAAGUGCCCUAAAUCUGUAGAAGAUGACACUUUGUGUUGUCUAGUAGAUUUAUUGAAACUUUUCAGAGUAGAAAAUCAUUUUUAAAUGGCUUUCACUUGAAUAGCUAUGACUUUAUCAAUAUUUAUAAGUUGUCACUCGUACUUAGAUCAGCUGUAAGAUUUUACCGCAUAUCUGAUCAGUUCAAUCACUUGAAUCGUUUUGGAGAUAAAUAUUCCAUAAAAAUUAUUUACAUUACAGAAAUGAUCACGCAAAUGUAAAUUGCACGAGAGUGCGAAAAAUAUAAA